AUGUCAAGGUUUUCACUCACAGUCAAGUUACUUCAGGCCAAGUCGUACUACCGGAUUAGCAACGUUGCAUUCAACGCGAUACUCCUGAUUUUGGCCUUGCAAUACCCUGCUAGCUCAAUACCAAAGUCAUACGAGGAGGCACUUAGCAUAGUCGGCAGGUUGGGCCUUGGUUAUGAGAGUAUCCAUGUGUGCCCAAAUAACUGUGUAUUGUUCCGGAAGGAUUAUGCCAAGGAGAAUAAUUGCCCCAAGUGCAAAGCCUCCAGAUGGAAAGAUGUUGAUGGUAGGAGAAAGAUCCCAGAGAAGGUGCUGAGGCACUUCCCAUUGAUUCCAAGGCUGCAAAGAAUGUUUCUUUCAAAGGACCAAUCAAAGGAAGUACAGUGGCACAAACUGAAGCGGCAAGAUGUGGAGAAUGAUCUCAGUCAUCCAGCAGACGGGGAUGCAUGGAAGGAUUUUGACAAUAUUCAUAAAGACUUUGCCGCUGAUGCCAGGAACAUAAGGCUUGGACUUGCCACGGAUGGUUUUAAUCCCUACGGGAAUAUGAGCAACUCCUACAGCAUGUGGCCUGUAUUCGUGGUGCCAUACAACCUUCCACCGUGGGCAUGUAUGGAUCAGUCCAACUUCAUGCUGACAUUGCUAAUCCCUGGUCCAUCCUCUCCAGGAAAAGAUUUUGAUGUCUUCAUGGAGCCUUUGAUGGAAGAGCUGCAGGAGCUCUGGAAAGGUGUAAAAUCAUAUGAUGCCAAUAGUCCAGACAAGUUUGAUCUCCGUGCUGCAAUCUUAUGGUGUAUUCAUGAUUAUCCGGCACUGCACACAUUGUCAGGGAGGGCCACAGCUGGUUACCAGGCAUGUGUGUGUUGUGACAAAGAGAAUUGCUCCAAGAAAUUAUGGAACAAAAUCUGCUUUAUUGGGCACCGCCGUUGGCUACCUCUGUCCCAUCCUUGGAGAAAAAGCAAAGAAUACAAUGGUGCUAUUGAAAGGCAUGAGAAGCCAGCGGAAUUCACUCCAGAAGAGCUAAAGGAACAGCUUGAUAGGGUUAGAGAUGUGAUACCAGGCAAGCUUCAGAAGAAAAGGAAACGUGAGGACGGCAAGACAAAGGACACUGUGAAUUCAAGGCUUGAUUUGGAAGAUAUGGGCAUAAGAGGUGACUUGCAUUUGCAGCCUGUUUCAGCUGACUCUUUUGAGAUGCCACAGGCGUGGUAUACAAUGAGUAAACAAGAAAAAAUUGCAUUUUGUGAAUUCAUAAAAGCUGUGAGGUUUCCAGAUGGGUACGCGUCUAACAUAUCCAAGUGUGUGGCUGCUGAUAAGUGCAAGCUUCAAGGGCUGAAGACCCAUGACUGUCAUAUAUUGCUUGAAAGGAUCUUACCGGCUGGCCUGCAAGGAACAAUCCAUGAAGACAUAUAUGAAGCGGUUGCUGAGCUUGGAAAUUUCUUCAGAGAGCUAUGCUGCAAAACACUGAAGAGAGACGUUCUGGACAGACUUGAAAAUGAAAUCGUAGUUAUUCUUUGCAAACUUGAGAUGAUCUUCCCCCCAUCUUUCUUCGACGUGAUGGGACCCGGUGUUGCUGUACUAUCAUAUCAAGAUGAAGAUUCCAGUCAAGUUCCUGUGCAAGAAAAAGAAGGCACUGCACGGAGUAGGACGAGAAGUGACCAGGAACAUGUGCUACUUGAAAAAGUCAUUGUGGACAAACUGAAGAAACGGAGCAAGGAGGUUGUUCCUAAAGAAAUCGAGGAGGUUGAUGAGACAAUGUAUCAAUAUUGCACUGAUGAUGAUGAUGAUGAUGGAGGAAAUAGGACUAGGAAUCGUCCAGUUUCCGAAGAAGAUGAAUAG